CUUUCCCCAUUCCCAGUUCUUCGGCGACAGGUCCCAUGCUCCCCCGGACAUUGCCCCGGCGAUCCUCCCGUCUACCUUACACGGCGCGUGGGUGGCGCAGGUGCCCUUUUCAUGAGUCCAACCGACCAUUUUCAAAUAUAAAGUGCCUUGCGACCAGCCAAUCACUGGUCAUUUUGCUUCUACGUGCGAGGUGGCCAAUGAGAUGGCUCGUUGUUGAUGUCAAGCAGAGUUUGAGGGGAGGUUGUGGGGGCGGGGUCUGUUUGUUCGUAGGGAAAACAAAGAGACGGGCGGAAGCGGGGAGAGAGGGAGAAACGGAGCCCGGGAGAUCGCAGCUGGGAGCGGCCGGUGACCAGAGUACCCGGCGGCAAGGGCGGCGGGAGAGGAGCAGCGAGGGCUCCGGAGAGGGGGCGACUGAGAGGCGGCGGCGGAGGGAGCGCGAUCACGAAGGCGAGGAGGGCUCCCGGAGCCGCCGGCAGCGAGAGGCCGAAGCCCGAAGGCGGAGAGAGCGGUACGCCGUCACCCAGAGCCGGCGAGAGCGGCUGAGCGAGUGCCGAGAUUCGUCGCUCGAUAGCGUGCCCGAAGAAGAGGUCGCUUCGGUUUCGAGCCGGACCGAGGCCCCGAGCGAUGGGAGCCAGAGUUCCGGGCUCGGGAUGAGCCCCGCGGCGGGGAGGCGGCGCUGUCGCUGAACCCAGAAGCUCAAGAUAUAACUGCUCUCACAGUGUCACGCAGAAGAAUGAAAGAUAACUUGAAAUAUUCUAUCUUGCCGCAAAAAUGGAAAUUCGAUGUGGCGGCUUACUUUUUAGUUCCAAGUUUGAUUCUGGAAAUAUUGCUCAUGUUGAAAAAGUGGAGCGUCCUGAAGGAGAAGUGGAUUCAACUCCCAGUGGUGGCAGUACAGGCACAGGAAAUUCAGGAAAUGUGUUAAUCACACCAGAUUGUGAGUUUAAUGUGUGGACCAAGCCAGACUGUGCUGAUACGGAGUUCGAGAAUGGUAAUAGAUCCUGGUUUUAUUUUAGCGUGAAAGGAGGAAUUCCGAGUAAAGUUAUUAAAAUCAAUAUCAUGAAUAUGAAUAAGCAGAGCAAACUGUACUCGCAGGGAAUGGCACCAUUAGUAAAGACGCUUCCUGGAAGACCACGUUGGGAGCGGGUGCGAGAAAGACCAACAUAUGAAAUGGUGGAAAACCAGUUUAUUCUGUCCUUCAUGCAUCGCUUUCUUGAAUAUCGUGGAGCAACAACCUACUUUGCAUUUUGCUUUCCAUUCACAUACUCUGAGUGUCAAGAGAUGUUGGCGCAACUGGAUGAAAAGUUUGAAUAUUGUAAACACCUGACUAUGAGGAGCCCUCCAGAUAGUAUUUACUAUCACCGUGAACCUUUAUGUUAUUCCCUGGAGAAACGACGUGUUGAUCUUAUCACCAUUACUUCAUGUGAUGGAAUGACAGCAGAAUGUGAACCACGACUUGAAAAGCUUUUUCCAGAUGAUUCUACUCCUCGCCCAAAGCAGUUCCCUGGGAAACAAGUGUUUUUCCUCAGCAGUCGAGUACAUCCUGGUGAAACUCCCUCUAGUUUUGUUUUCAAUGGUUUCCUCGAGUUUAUUUUACGUGCUGAUGAUCUUCGAGCUCGAAUGUUGAGAAGAAUGUUUGUCUUUAAACUUAUACCCAUGUUGAAUCCAGAUGGUGUAGUGAGGGGACAUUAUCGGACUGAUUCUAGAGGUGUGAAUUUGAAUCGUUUGUACUUGGAUCCAGACUUUAAUUUGCACCCUUCAAUUUAUGCGGCACGUGCAGUCAUCCUGUAUCAUCACGUUAACAAUCGUGUGUCUUUGGCCAAUUGUGACUGGAAAAAGUUCACUUCAUUAUCACCCAGUAGCCCUUCAUGCACAAAAGCUUUGAAUCAUUCCAUUAACACGACUUCUACCUCUCUUGAGACCACUCUAUCAGAGUUGGAGAAAAGCAAAAAUAUAAAAAACUUUGAAAAUGGGGAAGUGGAUUGUUUAAUUUCCUGUAAAGGUCCUGACCAUUCAGAUUCAUUAAUUCAAGACAAAGAUAACAAUGGGCAGCCACUUUCAGGAACACACAAUGGAAAAGCUGUUUCAUUGAGUGGUGAUGGUGCACUUUGUGAGAAGGCUACUGAUAGUUUUGACUCUUCAGAAACUGUUGAGCACAUCCCUCCUCAUGAAAGUGGGAUUGCAUAUUAUGUGGACUUGCAUGGCCAUGCUUCAAAGCGGGGUUGUUUUAUGUAUGGAAAUUCUCUUCCAGGUGAACGUAAUCAGAUAGAAAAUAUGUUGUUUCCAAAACUGAUCUCCAUGAACUCAGCACACUUUGAUUUCACGGCUUGCAAUUUCUCUGAGAGGAACAUGUAUGCCAAAGACAAAAGAGAUGGACAGUCUAAAGAGGGAAGUGGGAGAGUGGCAAUUUAUAAGGCGACAGGAAUUAUACACAGCUAUACCUUGGAGUGUAAUUAUAAUACAGGUCGUUGUGUGAAUUCAGUUCCUCCUGCAUGCCACGAUAAUGGACGAGCAAGUCCACCACCACUACCUACUUUUCCACCUAAAUAUACUACGGAAAUCUUUGAACAAGUGGGGAGAGCAUUAGCCAUUGCAGCCUUGGAUAUGGCUGAUUGUAAUCCCUGGCCGAGAGUUGUUUUGUCAGAAUACAGUUGUCUAACUAAACUUCGUGCAUGGAUGUUGAAGCAUAUUCGAAAUACAAGAAGCACAGUAAUGUCAAAAAAAAAUGUCACAAGGAUUUCUAAAGGUCCCAAUGUGAUAACAUCCUCCGUCUCAGAAAAUUCCCUCAGUAAGACGAAGAGUAACGGGAAUGGCGUCUCUGGAAUCGGCAAUGGGCAUCAAAAUCCAUCUCUGAUUAAAGCAUCUUCCAGUUUUACAUUUGGCUACAACCCUGGAACAAGCAAAGGGGUUUGUGUACCAGGAUCAAAUCAUAACCCUCCAAAAGGUGCUCACAAAACCCUCGGACCAGUGAGAGAAACUAGAGCACAGGAGAAGCGUCGACAGCAUCAGGCUGUAUUGAGAGCAGCAGCAGUCAACACUCACAGCAUUCAGCAUAGCUCUCCAGCCCAUCGGUAUAUGCAGUGCCCUACAUCUGUCUCCCUCAACUUCUCUAAAGACCCACCCCAAGUCCAGCCUUCCAACUUAAGGCCUUGCUCUCUUCCAACCUCCUUCAAAGUGGCAGAAUUCCAACAAACAAACAUAAGCGAAAGAGGUAAUAUAUAACCCUGUAAAAGAAAUUGUUCUUCUUUUGUGAUUUCACAUGUAUUAAUUUUUGUUUCAAUGAAACAAAUUAGAGAAGCAUUUGAAGUAGUUGUAAUUUUUCUUCAAGUACACCUAUGCAUUGAAAACUUAAUUUUAUCAAUCAGACCAGGAUAGUUUUCUUACAGGUUUCAAUAUUAUCAGGAAUUGGAUUGCAUUAGAAUGUUUAACCAAGACAGAAAGUUACAGCAGAUUCAUUUGCUGGCAUUAAGUUGUGUGUGUUACUCAGCUUAGUUUUGUAUACCCCCGUUUCCUUAUGAACAAUCUGUGCUCUACUGAUUGACUUACCACCACCUGGAUUUUUUAAGGUGGAAGUGGCCCUGAUGGUGGACUGGAAUGCGAGGGCAAUUCUCUCUUAACUAUACUGGUAAGCCCCAGUUGAACUAAGCCUCAUCAUGGAGGCAUUUUUGUUAAAGAAAAGAUCCUGCUUCCAAGAGCUGUAAAUCAAUCAAAAGCUGGACCACUGGGAGUGAUUGUCACUGGUCGGACUGCACCUAACUGUGCAAUACAGUGAUGAAUACUGUAUACAGGGACAAUAUACGAGGCUACAGGUAUUGCAGGAGUCAGUCAGAUGAGCCCUGGUAAGGGGGAGGUGGGCUUGGGAGGACAGAGGAAGUUUGCCACAGAGUCCUUGUGUGGUCCACAGUGCCUGAUUAGGAGGAUUCUCUUCCCACCCUGUUUAACUGCUAAGGGGCUGAGGAAUGGGGCUUCUAAUUGGCCAUUGAAAUGGACAUGAUUGGUCUCUGGAAAAGUAAAUCAUUUUGCUUGUUCUCACCACUGACUGACCCUUGGUGGCAACAGGUUAUCAGGCACAACAUAAGCAAAACAGGCAAUAUAUCACCCUGUAAAAGAAAUUGUUCUUCUUUUGUGAGGCUCCUCUGCCUUUUGUUCUGAUUCGUAUCUCCUCCCUCAGGUCCCAUUAAAAAUCCACCCACAGCGUGAAUGAUUAACAUUAGUAAGUUUAAACUCCUAGACACAUGCUAUUCUAAAUCUAAGUGUUAAUAUUCUCACCAUUGAUUUUUGUUUCUAUUUCCUUCAAUCCUAUUUUUGAUAUAGUUCCAUAGCUGGCUGUGAUAUUUACCUGUAUCUCUAUAUAUUGUUAUGUUCUUUAUGUGACGUCAGGGACUGGGUGUUGUAGGAGCUUUUAUUUGAUCCUGACCCAGUCUUCAUCCACAUCAUCAGGAUACCAGGAGUGGUUACCAAUAUUUCCUUUUGUUUCUCCCAUGUUUUUGGCAUUAGAAAACUGAGGUCUAUUGUCUGGCCUGAAGUAUCAAUCCAGAUCAGAAUAAUCUGUUUACCAAAGACCAGGGAUAAAAGCGGGGUCCUUUCUGACAUCUGACUUUGUGACCCCGCCAUUUCUUGUCUUUCAUCAGUGAGCUCUGAUUGAUUACAGAUCAUAGUUUUUGAAGUCACAAUUUAUCACUGAUACCAGAUCAAUUUCUUUUUGGGCCAAGUUUACCAGUUGUAAGUAUUGCAGUAAUGUGUGUCAUCAUUCCACUGUUUUGGAUUAUCAUUGACACUGUCUCAACUUGAGAUGUGACCUGUAAAAUAUUUGAGGUGGUGUUCUGGUGGCAGAACAUGUUGGAGCAGGAUAUAGUGCCAUGUCAUUGACAAGUCACUGUUUCAUAUUAUAUUCACUAAAGUUGCUAUUUCAGCUUUUGGUCCUGUGAGAAGGACUAAAUGAAAACGAGACCCUAUCUGCAUGGGAAAGCCAUUGCAAUGGGACAGGAACUUGUUGGCAUUAGAGGUAAAUGUUUUUGAUGGCCUUUGUGUACUUAGCAUUUGCUCCCCCUCCUAGAUAAAGGUGGUAUAUGGCCUUGGAGCCUAAUGAGAAAGAAAUCAGUAUUGUAUGGAGAAAUGAGUGAAAAAGGUAUUCAUACUCUUAUAAGUUGCUGAUAGUCUGCUUAAGUACAGCAUAAUUUGUUACUUUUAAAACAAUAAAAGAAUAUAGCCCCAUGUAAUUAUGAUGGAGUAGCUGGAAGUUUAGUCUCAGGAUGAUUUUAUUAUAGUCAUUGUCAAAUUCUUCAAUUUUCUUUGUAGCAUUCUUAAAUGUGGAAGUUGUGGGAAAGAAUUUAGAGGGUUGCCAAUGUAAUACCUCUAUUCCAAAAGGGAGAAACCGAGUGUCUACAGACCAGUCAAAUUGACUGAACCUAUUGAAGGAAAUAAUGGAAUCUAUUGAAAAGUGCAUUGUCAUUGUCUGUAAAAUUUUGAAAGGAGUUUGCUGACAAGGUGUAUUGAAAAUUAUUCAUAAUAUUAAGAGUGUGACAGUAUAGACAGAAGGUGGUCAAAGGACAGAAGCCAAAUAAUAGUUCAUCCACAUUUUUCCAAUAGGACAUGGCAUGUUAUAACAUUGCUUUUCCUCACUUACUCUCUACUUUUAUCUUACUCUCUUCUUGAUCAUUCCUUCUCACUGUCGCAAAAAAGGAUUCAGACUCUGGUAUAGCACAUCAAAUAAAAGUUUGUUACUGACAAAAAUGGGAGCAUAACUAAUUGGUGACAAAUAUUAAAUGGGAAUGUAACUAACUGAUGGCGAAUAUUUCAAAUGGAUGUAGACAGUUCAGUAGAUUCAGCAGGUAGACAGCAGGUGAAAUUUUUGUGUGGAGCAAGAUGCAAUAUAUUUUGGGAAUAAGAGCUUAAUGGUUAAAAUUCAGAAAGGAGAAAGCAGUAAGACUUUGGAUUAAGAUGUAGAAAUUUUAAAAACAAAUUUAAAAUUCAAAGGAUUUGAGUACAAAAGCAAAGAUAGUCUAAAAGGUAAGUUGCUAAGUGCUUGAAAGAUGUGAAAAGGAUAUGGGGAUGUGGCAAUGAUGACAGGCCACAAUGAAAUAAAUAAUGCCCUUCCAUGCUGCAGAAUUGUAUUUCAUGAGAGCAGGAAACGUUAUGCAAGUUUUGCAGACAUGAAAUUUUUAAUUUCCCAUUUCCCCUUCUUAACAUUUUGCAACUGAAACUGCACACCCCUUCAAAUCUGGUGGUAUUACUGUUUCAGAGGCAAUAGAAUGCUCAUAAGAAAAGAUAUAUCAAGUGUUCGGUUUCUCUUCAUGAGCUGUAUGAGCACUGACCGAGUAUGUUGGUAGACUAUCUACUUUUAGAUGUCCAUUUAGACUUCUGCGUAGGAAACUAACUGGAGUAGCCUGGCGAGAAAGCCCAUGCCUAAAUUUCUGUUCUGUCCUGUGGAGUCAUGCCUUCCAUUCACUCACUGCUGCACUGUUGGAAACAUUCUAAUAUGUAAUUGUUGUUUGCUUGUUGUGUCAUCCAGGAAAAACCUUUCAUUCUAGCCAUCAGUCGUGCAAUGCGUUGAAGUGCACUGUUGUGAUUCAAUUUCAUCUAGUUUUCCUUGGCUCUUUGGUAGACUUGUUGCCUCAGAGUCAGAAGGCUUUGUGAUAAACCUUCACUACAGCACUAAAGCCCCUUAUCUGGGCUGAUAACUCAGUAAAAUUUUUCGCUGUCAUUUGGAAAAGAGGUUAAAAAAUGUGUUGAUCUUCUCUAAUGGACUUUAAAGCUGCUGUGAUCUUUUCAAAAUGCAGUGGAUUUCUCACCAUUUCCUAGUCAACAGUUAUCCCUUAACCAGUGAAACAGAUGAUCUAGUGGCUUGUUGUGUCAUCAUUUACUCUACACAAGUUGGUUAUCACAUUUAUUUGUGCCACAAUCGUGAAUAUGCUGUAAACAUACUUGGGUGUGAAAUUCUUCGGGAUGUCCUGAGAUCGCGAAAUGCUUUAUAUAACUGCUAUUUGCCACUCAGUUGCCUGACUAUGCCGUAGAAACUGGCAGCUGCCCACAACAUUUGAUGGGUAAAUGGAAAGUUGGUUUAUGUCUGGCCUUUGUUAUGUAGAUCACUUGGCAAUGAAGGUUGCAUGGCAAUUGGUCACUGGUGCUUUCUUGGACACAAGUGAGAGCUAUUUAGAAGAAAGUAAGUCAGAAAGUCUUGUAAUUCCCAUUAAUUAUUUUUUGUUCAGUAUUAUUGAGACUAUAAAAUAACUAACCAGGCAGAACUAACUUUUCAUAGAUUUUAAGUCAUUCAUAUUGUACUUUUUGAAGAUUACUUUCAAACCUGAAGGUUUUAAAAAUUAAUGUACAAAUGGUGAAGUAAAGGUUACUUUAAAUAUUAUUUAAAGUAAAAUGUUCAAUCUGAUAUCCUCUGCCUAAUUUACUUCAUUGUGCAUCACACUGAGCACCAGCUUAUGAGUGAUCAGCUGAAGCGCCCUCCUUGUACAAUUCUCACAAAUCACUUUGAUUGAUAUAUUGUUAUAACAUGGGAGACUACAAUAUAAUGAAAGAUUAGUUCAUUGUUAACUUCAUAUGAUGCAUGGUCAGGAACCAGCGACAUGAUUGCCACUAUACACUUGCCAGAAUUAUUCGACAUAGUAUUUCAAACCUGAUUAAUAUAAUAAUGUCAUAUGUACAAUGAAUGACUAAUAAAUCUUCCCUUUUUAUAACCUAACAAGCUUUCAUCAAGCAUUAGGGUACUCACAAGCCAAGAAACAGUUGAACUGUGAUAGUUACAUGAUCAUAUUGAAAACCUUAUAAAUCCAAUUUGAUAUAAUUGUAAAAUCAAGCUUAAACCACCUGGGAUAGAGUAAAAAUGAGUUCCUUAUGCCAACUACUUUUAUGCUUGAAGGUCCAAGGUGGCAGAAAAGAUUGUUUAGGACAAGGCAGAAAAAUUUUACACUACUUAAUAUGGUCAGUAUGCUCUAAAUAUGGAAGUAUUGCAUCAAUAAAACAACCUAAAACUUUAGUUACAACAACAUAGUGAUGAAUGAGUGAUUGCUAUAAAGUUUUAGUUCUAAAUCACCUCUGAGCGAACCCACAGUUGAAAAGAUUGUUUCUUUUGGACCUGCUUGUGCUGAUUUCCUGUAUAUUCAUUUGAAUGGUUAAACAAAGAAGUAUAGAGAAUCUAGGAGUAUCCAUAUAUCCAAGAAAAUUAAGUAACUUUUAAAAAUAGCAUUUUUAAGUAGAAUUUACUCUAAAAUGGAAUAAAAACUUCUUUGCCUUUGAAAUAAGCAAACCAAGUCAAUUAAUGUUAAAAGAACAUUCAAAAUCAGCAAUUAAUAACAGCUUAUGAUUUUCUAACAAGCUGGAAAUGUAAAUGCUUAUGCCAAACACAGUUGAAUCAUUAUUUAAUUGUCGUACUAUAUGGUGGCGAUGGUUCACGAAUAGAGAAAAGGUUAUCAUUUAUGUUUCAGGAUAGCGUCACUGGAACCUGUAAGCAAACAUAAAUUAUGUUUGAAAUUUCUUCCUUCAAACAAAAUAUUAAGUGUGGUCUAAUUAAUACAUGAAUAAGAUUUAUUUAUUAUGAAUUAAUUAUAACUGGCAAAGUUGUCUGAGGUUGGUUGAAAUCCCAGGGGACGUAUUUGUGUUGCUUCUACUUUUGCUCAGCACGGAUAGUAAAACACUUGAUGUACUUGUCUUGGUUCUUGUGAUUUACCAUGUUUUGGGACCAGCUAAAUUGGACAGCAGUGUUUUUUGUUGUUUCUUGACUCUGCUGUGUCCUUGUACCUUGGACUUUUGCAAGAGUUUUGAAAGAAACCCCACUCAAGCCUCCUUACUCCUUUCAGGUCAUAUAUCGUACUUUUGUUUGAUUGGAUUUCUUUUCAAAGACUUUGAACAUACAGUAUUUGGUUCACUGACAUAAUUUUGUAUAAGGUAAUAUGUUGGGAUACUAAAUGCAUACAUUGCAAAAUAACAUUGGAAAAACUUGUAAAGCAAGUAGGUGGAAGGCAGUUGUGAAAUUUACUCUGUAUAAAAAUUAUCAUUUUAAUAAAAACAUUUCAGUACUUUUUUAAUACGUAUGGCUGGGGAAUUUGUUCUAGUUCAGUGUUGAUGCUAACAGUUCAAUGCAGAUGCUAAUAGUCCAACGACAAUUUCAAUGCUGAAGUAUAGGAGUUCAAGACAACUACUUGUCUCUUUGCAUGAAAUAACAUAUGUGUUUAUUCAGUAAGUCUAAUUUUCUUCUGUUUAACCUAUCCGAUUCCAUUUGGAGGUUAUUAGAAGAGUACAUUCUUAUCUUUUGUCACAUUGCACUUUACAUUAGUAUUACUUCGUGCUGUUUGUUUUUGUUGAUAAAUAUCUAGUCAUACUUUUAAACUAUUAGAUAGCUGUUUGCACUUUGAGCAGGGACGUGAAUAAUGGGACCAUAUUCAUGACCUCUGAAUUUCAGUAUCAGCAUUGAAAAUUUGUUACAUGUUACAGCAGUUUGCCAUUUAGGCUGAACAGCAGGUUAGAACAGUAAAUGGACUGAAUUGAAAUAAUCAGCAUUAAUAUGUUUGUCUUGUGUCCAUUGCCCAAAAAAAUGUAAUGAAUGGAAGUUUGUAUAUUAAUAGUUGUGAUAUUCCCAAAAUUUGUUUCAGUAGCUUCAGUAGGAAUGGAUCUGAAUCAGCAAAUACUGAUUGCACACCAUAAACUGUAUCUCUCUCCAGUGCAGGGUAGAUCCAUACUUGAGAUUUAGAAACACUUUUAAGUAGAAUUUUAGCAUUUUUUCUUUAUUAUGCUACAUGUGUAUUUGGCAGAAGUUUGGUACUACGACUGGGUAGCUCGAAAACAUUUUGGAGAAAAUAUCUUAUUUAGGAUCUUUACCAGAAUUGAAUUAAUUCUCCCAUUCUGUACUUCCAAGCAAUGUUUUUUUCUUCUCCCAGUGAUAGGUAUGCUGGAAAUGCAAGGAUUGACCAUGCUUUACUGUGCCACUUAUUUUGUGUUGCAGUUGUUCCUGUAAAUUUCCAAGAGAUCCCCCCCCCACCCCAACCCCAGCCACCCCUCUCAACUUCAGUACAUGUACGAGUCCACUUGAAUUUGAAGCUUUAACUAUACAUUUUUACUCAAUAUCAUUGAUAAUUUUAUAAUAGUAUUUAACAGUUAGUUGCCAAUUUUCUUGGUGUGUUUAAGCCAUUUUUGCCUUGGUGAUGUGGCCAAUCACAUUAUUUAUGGCAGUAAAUUAAACCUUAAAUCCUGAGAACAAAUGAAAACUGGAACCGGAACCAAAAUAAAUCAGAUUUUCUUGCAAUAGAAGAUAAAAUUAUGAUAUAUCUAAUGGAAGAUUGCACUUUUAAAUUGUUACAUUUGGGAUUUGAUUUUGCUUUGAUUAAUAAUUGGAAAAAAAAAUCCAACAGUUUGACUUCAACAUUCUUUUCAUUUCUUUCUACAUGUAAAAUUAUCUACUUUAUGCUGAAAUGACUUAAAUAGUUUAUUUAAAACAACUGUUUUUUUGAUUUGUCUAUGCUCAACUCAUAUUCUGGAGGGAUCAUUUAAGAAAUGUGGGAAGUUUAUUUGAGAAGCUGUAUUUUUAACUCUGUCGUAUAAAAGUUACAAUUUAAUCAACCUUUUUCAAAAAUAUUUGCCAGUUUUACUCAACAGGCCUAGAAUUUAUUAAUUCCUUUUUCGUGUUUGGUGUGAGCUCAAUCACUUUUUGCUUUGCAAAUUGUAGUAAAUUUCAUAACAUUGAGCUUUUGUUCCUUUCUAAUUUAUUUCUGUUAAACAUUUGGUUCCUGUUUGCCUGGCGUGCCAAAUAUGGCAGUUUACCUUGUAUAAAUACGCGCGACUUCAGAAUUAUCUAUAUUCAGAAAGACAACUGAGCAGUCCUAAAACAGUGUAGUAUUCUCAGAUUAGAGGUUGCAACAGUAGCAUUGUCCCAAUGCUGCAAUGUAUGUGGCCAGUGACAGCAGAAAGAAAAAUUAGGCAUUAAAUCUUUCCACAAUCCUAACUUUCAUAGAAGAAGUGCAAGAACAAAAUACUAUCAAUUCUGAAAGAAAAACUGUACGUGCUAGCAAUACUAGUGGGUAGGAAACAUCUUUGGAGAGAGAAACGUUUUCUAAUUCAUCUGCAAGGUGAUAAUCAAAAAGCUGUCAAACCUGCUGAGUAUUUCUAGCAUUUUCAUUUAAUAAGUGUUUGGUUACAAUUCAUACCUUCCCUCUGAUAGUUCAAUGAUAAUUGGAAACAUGUCUUUAGUUACAAAAUGUUUAAACAUUUAACAUGAAUGGAAUUUUUACAUUUACAUUUUCAUUAUAUAUCUGACUCAACAGAAGGAGCCAGAAAUGUGUAAAGAUGGAUGUAAAGAGCAUUAAAUGUUUUUAUUAAAUAAUGUUUUAACAGAUUUUGUAAUGUGAUCAAUAAUUUAUUAUUUAACAUUGAAAGGGAUUUUAUAUUCUGCUGAUAGCUGUUUUACUUUAGCUGUUUAAACACAGUUAUAUACAGUGGCAACGGUGCAACAAAGACAAACAAAAUUAAUGCUUUAUCCCCUAUGUUUACAAAUAUUACAGUGUGAAUUAUGUUGCUUGGAGAGUUGGUGGGGAGUACAGGGAUGAAAUGAAAGAGCUGUUUUUGGCACAGGAGACCUUGAAAAUGAUUCGGAAAGUAACAAGGUAAAAUAACAUGCAGAACCUACAAUAAAAUGAAGAAAAGACCACUUAAUAAAAUAACAAAAGUGACUUAAAUCGGCUCCAGUAAUUCAGAAGGGUGACAGUUAUGUUGUUAUCAAUGAUGGAACUACGUUGUAAGUAAACACGGUCAGGGAAAUGUUGGAAAGCAUUAAAUUUGUUUGUUGCAAUUUGUAAUUUAUCCUCCUGUUUUCACUUGAAAAAAUGGUUAUCUGAGAAAAGACUUAGUGUUUUAUUGUGAGUAGUACACAUUUUCGUGCCAAUUACUUUUUUGUGUAAUUUGAAUGUUCUUGCAACCUUUUUGUCAUUCGUGCGGAGUUUGUGAAAUUACCUCAAAUGUGUGUUUUUGGUAAAUA